AUGUUUAAGUACCUUGUGGAAAGAUCAGAAGUUCUUGAGCUGGGAAAUUUAGGACAAACAGGAUGGAAAAGUCUUGUCCCUGACAUUAUUCCUGUGGAAGAUGAAGGCAUGGAUAAUUUAAUCAAGCUUUACUUGUAUGAAUGGACUGACAUCGAGUGCCUUAUUGAUAGUAAUCAGCGUCACAAUUGUAACAUGACAGUCUUCUUGAACUUGAUUGAGUUGCAUCUGGAUAAUGUGGAUGUGAAAGAAUUAUGUUGGGGUGCUACGCCUUCAGGCUUUCUUGAGAAGUUACAGAUUUUAAAGUUAAAGGGUUGUAGGAAACUGCAAAACAUAUUCUUAGAUGAAACUCUCAAACUUCCUCAUUUGAGGGUAUUGAAAUUGAAAGAUUGCACAAUGUUCCAACUAGCAAUUUUCAAACCCUCUAUUGCUCAAAGUCUUGGGCAAUUGGAAGAAUUAGUAGUUGAAGGUUUUGCAGAAUUGAAAAGCUUAAUCGCAGAUAAGAGUUCAGAAGAAGAAAUGGGGGUUGUUCAUGAUCAAAAAGGUGAUGGCUCAUUGUUUCCGGCAUUAAAGUCUCUUCAAAUUGCAGAAUGUGGCAAAUUAGAAAAGGUAUCUUCAUUCCUUCUAGCUGGAGACCUUCCCAAUUUGACAGAUUUAUAUAUAGAUGAUUGCGCAGAGCUAAAAUACAUAUUCAGUGAAUAUAGAGGUCAAGUUGUGCAACAGGAAAUCAAAAUGCUCCCUUCGCUAGCAGAAGUGAGACUUUUUCGAGUACCAAGUUUCAUUAACAUAUUUCAAAAAUGCAAGAGAUAUGUGCUAAGGCCACCGCCUCAAGUUUCGAAAGAAGAUUCAAAGGAGAGACCUAAGAACUUUAAGAUGAGUUCAUUCUCGUGGGCUCAUAGGUGUUGUUUUUUGGGCCCAACUACAGAUACUAAUAUUGGAGUUUCUAACGUCACUCUGCUAAAAGAGCCAGUUUAUAAUGGGAUUGUUAUUGAGAUAUAUGAUCAUAUGAUAGAAACUGAGUGUCUUAUGAGACAACCAUUGAGCCUACAAAAUAUAAGGCAGAUGAUGCUUGUUGGAUGUUCAAAAUUGAAGUCACUAUUCAGUGUAUCCAUUGCCACAACCAUCAUGUUGGAGUAUCUGUAUGUUGAGGACUGUGAAGAAUUGAAGCACAUUAUAACAAAUGAGGCAGAGGAUGAUGAUGUCCAUCUCAACUGUACCUCCAUCUUCCCAAAACUACAGAGCCUCUAUGUUCAUAAUUGCAAUAAAUUGGAAUUUAUAUUUCCAUCCACUCUUUCCGGAGGUCUUCAAGAAUUAAAAUCUAUACAUAUUUUGGGAGCUGAUGAGCUGAAAUAUGUUUUUGGAAAAUACGAUGAAGAAGAGUGUCUAUCAAAUGAGAAUGAAAGUAAUGAGCCUCACAUUCAUCUUCCUGCAUUGGAAUCACUAGACCUCUAUUAUGUACAAAAUAUAAUCAGCAUUGGUAUCAAGAAACGUCAACCAGAGUGCCCAUCUCUACAGAUUGUGGAAGCACCAAAGAUUGUAGAAAGUGAUUAG